UGGGAAGAGGCUAUUAGGAGCCAGCAGAUCUACGCCAGGGGCCUUAUUUGGUAGUUCACUCUAAUGCAGAGCCUAAAAGAACUGAAAAUGUCCACCAUCCAUGCCUGGGGAGGAAAGCAGGCUGCUAGCCGUAGGGUGUGAGGUCAGUGGGCAAGGGUCACCAUGACAUGAAAUGGGGAUAAAUGUGAGUGUGGAGAGAGCAAAACUCAUCAAUCCCAGAACCAAAGGUCCAGGUCUCAAGACAGGGAGACUUGAAGUCUUAGGGGAAGUCCUGGAGGUGGGUCUGGAGAACAGAUUAAAAAGCUCGUCAACCCUCCAGAAGCCGUCCGAAUGCCUUCUCUAUCCUCCCUCCAAACACGCCUUCUGUAAUCCCUAUUGCUUGUGCCUGGCAUACAGUAGACGCCCAGUACACCUGCUGGUUUUUAUUCAGAGAAGCCUCCAGCACUGCCACUGCCAUGUCCAGUCUUGCUAGCCCACACUCCUCAGUAUCAGUGAGUUCUUCUCAACAGCUAGCUUAAAUCCCUUCUGCUACAAAACCAAGCCAUUCUCCUCUGCUUUCUACAGAGAAGGGAAUAACGGAGGCCUCCGAUUCCCGAGUACCCGCCCACCCUGAGGUCCUGAGGAGGCAGGAAAACGGGCAGAGGGCUGCUGGGCCCAAAGGCUGGCUGGGAGGAGGGGAAUGGCAUGCACUCCUACCAGGAAUGAGGAGAACAAAGGCAGCGGGCUGUCCCAAGCUGCAACCUCCUUGGGUGGAGGUCCGGUUUCAUUAUCCCGCUCUGAGGAACUCCUGACCCGGAUCAGCACAGAACUCACUAAUGAGGCCUUGUUUAUCGCUGGCUACCACAUGAACCCUGUACCCACCAAAGGAAAACAGACACAAGACCGGGGGACUCAGAUAUCCAACCACGCUCUGACAGAAACCGAACCCGUACCAAGGCACACCUCCUGCCAUCCCCUUGUGACAAGAACAUGCCUCAAAGCUCCUCUUUCACAACUUAUUGAACACUUUGGUUUGACGGGGACUCCUGGUCAUGAGCACCAUCACCUCUGAAGCCUCCGAAGUGUUCUGGAACCAUCACUCCGCUCUCAGCUGGCAAGGACACCACCAGAAAUCCAAGGCUUUAAUAAAGAGGCAGAGAUCCCUUCCUCCUCCCAACCCAGGCAGUGCUCUGGUGUGGCUUCUCUGGGGUGCAGAUGGGGGGGGGGGAAUGCCCCCCACC